AUGAGGGCGAAGGUGAUAAUAAUAAGUUUUAUAAGCGUAUUGGGUCAAGACUUUUCAAGAGGGUACUUGGAUGGUCAAAACGUUGCACGGGAAAUCGUUGGGGUUAAGCCACUAAAGUGGAAUCCAGAGCUAGCAGGAGUUGCUCAAAAGUUUUUGAAUAACCACAUUGUAGAUUGUCUUGAGGGGCAGUUAAUAACAUCAACCGCUUCUCCUAAUUAUGGCCAGACCACUGCACGUAAUGUGUUAUUCAAUAACUUUACGGCAGCAGAUGCUGUGGCGUCGUGGGUGGCACAGAAAGAUUACUACGACUUCGAAUCCAACUCUUGCAUUGGUGGCUAUUGUGGUUGCUAUACUCAGGUUGUUUGGAGGAAAUCUACUCAUAUAGGAUGCGCUAGAGUUAAUUGCCGAAAUGGAGGCACCCUUGUUACGUGCAUUUAUCGCCCUCCGGGCAACCUUCCAAAUCAACGUCCUUACUAA